ACGUGCGUGUAAUUCUUUAUCCGUAAGUUUGCCGUAUUUUUUUUAUUUUAGCCACGAAUGUGUUGCAUUAUGCAUCGUGGUAUCAGGGUAUACUGCUUUUUGACUGAGCAAACAUCUCAUCUCUCUGUCACUAAUACACGGUAGAAUGCAAGAGUGAAAUAGGUUUGAAUUGGUUUCAACUUGUGGCUGUUAUCAAACUUCCGGUUCUUCUUAAUUUAAAUAUUAUUAUUAGCAUGUAUAUACUAGUAUGAUUCAUAAAACUAAACAGCACACAUUAUACAUAGAAGCGGUCGAUGACUGGUAAGUAUGUUAUUGUAUAGUUCCUGAACCAGCGAAGAGCAACACUUAAAUUAGAAUAAUAAAACCCUUUUAUUUGUGGCGUCGUGUCCUCUUUUAUAUUCACUUUUAGCUCCCAUUUUAAUUAAUAUUGCUUAUUAUUUCCUGACAGGUAACGACGCAUUAAACCCAGUACGAGAACUGUCAUUCUGUGAUCACGACUUACAGAUAACUCAACAGUAAAUUGCCUUAAGUUAGAACUGUAUAAAGCUUAUCAAGUAGAGUACACGCCAUAUUCUCAUAGUAAUUAAUUAAGCACGUUUUCUUUAAGAACACUCUUAUUGUAAGACUACAGUCGCUAUACUGGAAAGUUUAUAACUCAAAGGGCUCUAGAGGCAACAGACAAGCAAGGAAUAUUUUCCUGACAAGCAUCUCGUAGGUUGAUAUUGUUAAACGUUUCACUGGUUGAAGAUGAAUACGUGGCUACUCUACUAGAAGUUGGUCUUAUUCAAACCACUUUUGUUUGGUUCAUCGAAACGUCUAGAGGAGAGUUUCACAAGGCUUUUUAUGCAACAGCUUUAGCAUGGAGAACACCACCCUCUACCACAACUCGAGUGCUUUUCUUAGAUUCUGCUCCAUGGACUCCCUCGGACAAAGGAUUGCCAAACUCGUUGCACUUGGUAUCCUGCUGGUUUUGUCCUUGGCAGGAAAUAGUCUUGUUUGUGUUAUAGUUUACAGACACUCAAGCAUGAGGACCACCAUCAAUUAUCUCCUUGUCAACAUGAGUUUAUCUGACUUUACCACCCCUAUUUUGGUCCUCACGAAAAAGAUAGUGGAAAUUUCUACGAAUAGCUUGGAGUGGAAUGUUGGGGGAAUUCUUGGUAGUUUUUUGUGCAAGACAGUGUACUAUAUCUCAGAUAUCUCUCCUAUAGUCUCAGUCUUGAGUCUUUUGAUGAUCAGUUAUGAUCGCUUUGCGGCCAUUGUUUUUCCUCUCAAAGCGGCUCGAUACCCGUCCAAGUACCGGAAAUACUUCAUUGGUUUGACGUGGAUCUUGGCCUGCAUCCUCUGCUCGCCAUAUUUUUACUUUUUGAAUAUCAAGUCAGUAGACGGGAAGCAGUAUUGUAUGAUGUUAUGGGAUAACAAUACACGUCGUGCUUAUACUGUACCGUUAACUGUUGUUUUUAUCAUAAUACCUUUUCUUCUUCUUGUCGCCAUGUACUCCUGCAUUUUGUACAAAGUGAAAACACAUCCAAAGAAUUUAAGCCAGACUGAGAGAGGUAAACGCCGCAGCCAGGUAUCAAAACGGAACACGACUAUACUCUCAUUUACAGUUGUAUUUACAUUUGCUGUUUGUUGGGGACCAUACUUCGCUAUUCUCAUGCUGUCGAACUUUCAAUGGAACUGGAAGCACGAUUAUUGUAGCCACGAGAAUUUCAUCUUCACUGUUCAGUUUCUGGCAUACUCAAAUGCCACCAUCAACCCGUUAUUGUACUUCCUAUUUCUGAGGAACUUCAGAAAUGGUCUCCACUCCCUCUGUAAGACUUCCUGUGCAGAACUUGAGAAGGGUCCAAAAGAGAAUCGUGGUCGCAAAAGGUCUUCCAUGACUCUGCUUAGUAAAGACAAGACGUCCCGUAAUACAUAUGUCUGACUCAUAAUCAAUUAAAAGGCAAUUGAAACUUGUAUGUUAAGUAAUGCCCCGAGUAAGAACUAGAGAAGCAAACGGCAAAGGAAUGCAAGAAGGUCUAAUUGUGUAUUGUA